AUGGCUACCUUAACUGCGACCGGGACCUCCGUAUCACUAAAUAAUUCCACUUUCAGACUCGCAGGGCCUUACGGGGACUGGCGUGACGAUCUGCAAUCUCAAGGAUAUGCCGUUGUAAAGAAUGCCAUCGCUCCCGAAAAAGCCAAGUACUAUCAACAAAAAGCACUGGACUGGCUCACGUCAUUCAAUACUCCCUUAGAUUUGAAUGAUCCAUCAACAUGGACAGUUGAAAACCUGCCGUUUCAAAGCAAAGUAAACACCUUCAAUAAGUAUGGUGUCGCUCACGAAAAGUUCAUGUGGGAGGCACGUAUGGAACCCAAAGUUCUAGACGCCUUUUCUAAGAUUUGGGGAACUAAUAAGCUACUGGUCUCUUUCGAUGCCUUGAAUGUCACUUUACCAAACAGGGUGGACAAACCCGCCCAGAAGCCAUGGCCACAUGUGGAUCAGUCACCUCUACGUCGGGGUCUUCAUUGUAUUCAAGGCAUUAUCAACUUGAGCCAUGCCGGUCCCGAAGACGGAUCUCUCAUCGUGCUUCCGCGGUCCAACACGAUCACUGAACACUUUUUCGAUACUCAGACUGACUCAUUGAGUUGGGAUGAACAGGAUCUUCGAUUGAUUAGUGAGGAUGAAAUAAAAUGGUUCCAAGCGCACGAUAUGAAGCCCACAAAAGUGAUGGCCGAGCCUGGCGACUUGAUUCUAUGGGACUCACGUACCGUCCAUUGGGGCGGGGAGCCCAGUUCUAAAAGCAACACGAUUCGAACUGUUAUUUAUGCAUCGUACUCGCCAGCGCAUUGGGCGACAAAAGAGGCACUUGCGCGAAAGAAAGACGCGUUCGAAGCGUUUCAAGCAACGACGCACUGGGCUCACGAUAAUAUCGUGCCUCGUGAGAAAGAAGCUUUUCUCCCCGAUGGGAGUCUGGAUUCCCGCAAUCGGUCCAGGCCUCUCGAGGAACCAGAACAUACCGAGCGUUUGCUCCGGCUUGCAGGGGUUAAGCCAUAUUAA